AGCCGUUACGGCUCAAGGGAGGAGCCCUCUGCCCGAGAUAGCCGCACCCGACCUCCCGACCUCCCGCGAAGGGCGGCUCGUCAGAGCUUCGGCUCAUCUGCGGCGGGGGCCGCCGCGGCGGGCAGCCAGCGCGAUGCGGGGGCGGCAGGCGGGGCCCAGGGGCCGCGGCGCGGCCCUGCUGCCGCUGUGCGGCGCUGCCGCGGCCGUGCUGCUGUUCCUCGCGCAGGGGCCCAUGGGCUGGGUCGGCUGCUCCCAGCAGCACCCUGGCCGGCGCGGGGGCGGCGGCCGCUGCGGCCCGGUGGCCCGGGGCGCGGUGGAGGUGCACGAGAUCCGGUCGAGGAUCAAAGAGGACCAGGGCAAGUCCUGGAUAGAGCUGAACAUUGGGCAGAUGGGCCACACCGCCAACAUCACGUGGGCGCGGCAUCUGGAAGGAGCACGGCGCGACCGACUCGUGGAUGUCAGUCAACGUCGGCGGCGCCUCGGCGAAGUACACUCACCGCGUCGCCGGGGGCGAGGACUGGGACACCACGGCCUACACGUGGGACGUGAACAAAACAAUUCCCGCCUCGCACCAUCGCCAAAGAGAUCCUGGUCAGCGGCAGGCUCCAGACCGAAGAAAAGGCCAGGCCGAACGGCCAGAUCACGACCUCCUGGAGCGCCGCGCUCGCGCCCAUCGGCGUCGCGGCCGCGGACCUGCCGGCUGCGCUGGAGCCGGUCCUCGGGCGCCACAGCCCGGAGCACUGGCAGGCCUUCAAGGCGCUGUGGGCCCACUACGUCUGAGGCGAGCGGUGUGCCGGCGGCGUGCCCGCCAAGCAGUGGCGGAGCGUCCUGGCUCGCCUAGAGAGCCCUACCAAGCAAUGUCCUGAGAACCUUUUGUGGUUUCCACGACAUGUUCUUAGAACGUUUCGCGGUGAGACUAUCGGGAUGCCGGGACGGUCGGUCCCUGCUCAAGCCCGGGCUCUCGAAGAGAAGAGCUGCUGCAUGCACGCGAGCUCUCGGAGGUUUGCGCGGGUUUCUUUAAGGGAACGAGCAAUGACAUGAACAUGGUAACUCGGAGGUCCGCCUGGAUUUCUCGGAUCGGCGCUGGGGCCCCCUGGGUGCGCCUCCGGCGCCGCCCCUGGCGCGUUCCGCGCGCCAGGGAGGGGGGUCCUGCGCGGAUCCAAGAAAUCCGCGCAGACCUUUUGUUUGAUGUUUAUGUAUGUUUUCGCUCCCCCAUUGUUCUCAUUGGGAAUGUUGAGACUCGAGUGCGCCGUUUCUCCGGUUUGCCGACGCUCUUUGACGAGCGCGUCCUGGACUCCGUCCUGGACUUUGACCGUCCAGAGUUCGUGGGGUGUCUUUGCAGGGGUGCGCCUGAGCGUUUAUGUUCCAGGGCAGCUCGACCGAGUUCCUCACCCAUGCCCUGCUCGUCCUGGCGCUUAUAGGAGCAGCCAGGGAGCACCAUCGUGGCUCGCGUGAUCGGUGGCGCAAAUGGCCCGUCAACAAAA